AAUCACAACUUCACAACCGUCUUGUUUAGUGUUUGAGUUACAUGGACCACAUACAUACACAUGUCAGAUGUGUGUGAUAAUUUGAUGAUGCUUGAAGAGAGAGUAGAGAAAGAAAAGAAAAACAUGGUUGGUGAAGGAGAAAAGCCGAAGGCAGUGAUAAUAGGAGGUAGCAUAGCAGGGAUAUCAAGUGCACAUGCUCUCACCUUAGCUGGUUGGGAUGUACUUGUGCUUGAGAAAACCACCUCACCUCCAACUGGAAGCCCCACUGGUGCAGGUCUUGGACUCAAUUCUUUGUCCCAACAAAUCAUCCACUCUUGGCUUCCACCACACCAAAAACAACUCCUUCACAACACCACUUUAACACUCACCAUUGAUCAGAACCAUGCAACUGAUAGUGAGAAGAAGUUUAGCUGGACAUUGACAAGAGAUGAGAGUUUUAACUUCAGAGCAGCACAUUGGGCUGAUCUCCAUGGCCUUCUGUACAAUGCACUGCCACCAAAUGUAUUUUUGUGGGGUCACCUUUUUCUCUCAGUCCAUGUUGCUGAUGAUAAGGGUUCAGUCAUAGUAAAGGCUAAAGUACUAGAAACUGGCAAGAUUAUAGAGAUAGUAGGGGAUUUUCUUGUUGCGGCAGAUGGUUGUCUCUCUUCCCUCCGCCAGAAAUAUCUCCCCGAUUUUAAACUCAGAUAUUCUGGCUAUUGUGCUUGGAGAGGGGUUCUUGAUUUUUCAAAAAUUGAGAAUUCAGAAACCAUCAAUGGUAUCAGAAAGGCAUACCCUGAUCUAGGAAAAUGCUUGUACUUUGACUUGGCCUCUGGCACACACACUGUGUUGUAUGAGCUGCAAAACAAGAAGCUCAAUUGGAUUUGGUAUGUGAAUCAGCCUGAGCCUGAAGUUAAGGGAACAUCGGUGACAAUGAAAGUAAACAAUGACAUGAUCCAGAAAAUGCACCAAGAAGCGGAACAAGUUUGGAUUCCUGAGUUGGUAAAGGUCAUAAAGGAAACAAAGGACCCUUUCUUAAAUUUCAUAUAUGAUAGUGAUCCCUUAGAGAAGAUCUUUUGGGACAAUGUGGUAUUGGUAGGGGAUGCAGCUCACCCCACAACUCCUCACUGCCUUAGAAGCACUAACAUGUCAAUAUUGGAUGCAGCAGUGUUAGGCAAAUGCAUAGAGAAGUGGGGACCAGAAAAGCUUGGAUCAGCUUUAGAAGAGUAUCAGUUCGUUAGGCUACCAGUCACUUCCAAGGAAGUUCUGUACUCAAGGCGUCUUGGCCGAUUGAAACAAGGGCUAGUUCUACCUGAUAGAGAACCUUUUGACCCAAAGUUAAUUAGGCCAGAGGACUGCCAGGAGCUUCUACUGAGGAACACACCAUUUUUUAAUGAUGAGCCGUUGUCACUGCUUUGAUACCAUCUUACAUUUCUUCAUCUGAUUGCUUAUAGCAGUGAGUUUUAUGACUGCUUUGAAAAUAGAUGUCUUACUUAGCACCAUCCAUACAUCUGUUUGCACACUGAUAAUAUUUUGGACCCUUUCCCAUAACUGAUUUGGUGCCUUUUGGCCUCAAAUUUUUGUUUUUGCUAUUAAUAGUUUUAUCAUCAAGUUUAUUUCAGUU